AUGACCCCUAAGUGGAAGGAAGAGCGAGAUUCUUCGGAGGCCAAGCAUUCUAAGAUUUCUCCGGUAAGUAAGAGAGAUAUAUCAAUUAUUUAUGAAUUUUAUCCACCAGGAGGUGCACCGCUUGAAUUCUUGAUUCUCAAGAAGCAAUCCAAAGCAAUUGUCAGUUACAAAUGGCUUCAAGGCUUCGCGGUCUGUUCAAGUUUCCCCUGGCGAACAAAGGAGACCAAGGAAUCGAAUCCGUCAAAUAACGAAAAACAGGUUCGUCAUUCUGCCUUUGUGAAAAAUCAUCGUGACCAAAGUGAGAGGUUAAAGUGGUCACCUGGAACUAAAGUGGUUGGAAUGUAUGAUUUCGAGGAAGAAGAUAUAGAGGAUUUGUCGUUUAGAAAGGGAGAAGUUCUCGUCAUUGAAGGGGUUGUUGAGGAUAUCAACUGGUAUAGAGCAGUUAAUUGUGAUGGACGAGUAGGGAUGAUUCCUUACAACUUUGUUAGGGAACUUAAGCCUGUGGAACUCAAGCCCAUGUCAUGGUUUCAUGGAAAUUUAAGCAGAAUAAAAGCUGAAAGGCUCUUCAACCCUCGCGAAGAAGGAAUGUUUCUGAUAAGGAACAGUAGAAACUAUCAGGGGGACUAUGCUCUUUCGGUCUGCUCCAACAAAUCAUUUCACCAUUUUGACAUCUUAGCCCACCGCUCAGAAGUGUACAUAUCCUGCAUUCUUCUUCACAGCCAUGCUAAAAAGAUUGAACACUACAGAAUCAUAAAGAAAGAUGAUGGAAAACUUACAAUAGACGAUGAAGUUUUUUUUGGAAGUCUUUUUGAAUUUGUAGAGGUGGGUGGGAAAUAG